GUUCUUAAUGUUCUGAUGCCGUUAUAAAGUCAAACUGGCAAAGGCAUCAAAGUUAAUGGAAAAAAUGACUGAUUUAAAAAGUCGCAAGGAGUUCUACAAAGAUCUCACUGUGGAGAUAACCGUGACAGAAACGGUGUUGUUCUUGAUACAGUACACAUCAAAAGAUCUUGACAGUCGAGAGAAGACCAUCAUGACCGGGGACUGCUGUUACCUCAACCCAUUAGUGAGGAGGAAUUUCCGUUUCCUUGGUGUAUACAUGUUUGGCCUUUUCACCACUGACAUCUUUGUGAACGCUGGUCAGGUGGUAACGGGGAACCUGGCCCCUCAUUUCCUGACACUGUGUAAGCCCAACUAUACAGCUCUGGGUUGCCAGCAAGCUCUUCGCUACAUCAGCCAUCAGGAAGCCUGCACCGGCAACGAGGACGACAUCCUGCGUGCACGCAAGACCUUCCCUUCCAAAGAGGCGGCGCUCAGCGUGUACGCUGCUGUCUAUAUGGCUAUGUACAUCACAUUUACAGUGAAAGCCAAAGGAACUCGUCUGGCUAAACCAGUCAUGUCUUUGGGCCUGAUGUGCUUGGCUUUUCUAACGGGAAUUAACAGGGUGGCGGAGUAUCGUAAUCACUGGUCUGACGUCAUUGCCGGCUUUAUCAUCGGUGUGGCCAUCGCCACCUUUCUAGUGGUGUGUGUGGUCCAUAACUUCAAAGGCAAACAACUGUUGAACGAGGAUCCCCCCCAGGACCACCUAAGCAGCAAUCCAAUGGUCAGCUCGCCUAGGGUUGAGAGUCCGCUGGAGAAGUACAUCGCUUCACAGAAUCACAUCACCUUCGCUGAGAUCACGUGACCUUGAAUCGCCAGUGUGGCAGACACAUUGGACAUCCACGCUGUUUACCGUCCAAUCCCGAUAGUCCCUGCUCCACGCUAGCGCAGUGGUCAUAUUCUCUAUGGUGUCAUUUUGGAUCGCUCUGCCCUUGCUUUGUGUGUGUGGAAAUAUUGGUCCUGUCAACUAAUAACAGUUACCAUCACGCAACUUAUGACUGAAGCUGCACUUCACAUUUCCCUGACCGGUUCUGUUGGCAUUCUUGCAGACCGAGCUCACAUCUAGAGCUCAGAAUAUCUCAGCUGCUCGCAUAUGUGGAGAGCGUAUGUGUCUGUGUUUGCAUUUGAGAGGUUUAUGGCAAGUUGAUGCAAAUACCUACCUAUGGAUUUCAAAAUGGACUUGUAGUGGAUGUGUUUUUUUGUCUUCGUAUAUUACAGAAAAUGUUUAUUCCUAUAUGAAUUUGUUUCCCUUUUAGUGCUUGCAUUAAAUGAUUGCAAACAUA